GGAUGCUGUCACUGUCACUGCACCCUUAAAAUACCACAGACAUCACAUAAGGCUACACAAACCUACCGGAUCUCCUGCUCCCCUUUAUUAUUUAAAGGACUAUAAAUCCGUUGAAGUCUUUUUUUUUUUUUUUUUUUUUUUUGGAGCCAGCAUGGAGGAAAUCCUACGAAAGCUGCAGAAAGAUGCGUCCGGCCACAAGCACAAAGCCAUCCGGGAUGCCUGCGUCCACGCCUGCGAAAUGCUGGAGUCUCAGAAGGGAUCAGCCAAGAUUUCCCCUUCACAACUUCGAGAGCGAUGUCUGCUGCCGCUACAGAUGGCCCUGGAGUCUAAAAAUACCAAACUGGGACAGACGGCUCUAAGUGGCAUGCAGAAGCUGCUGUGUGAGGACAGGUUUGUUGGCGGAGUCGGCAUGGAGGUGGAGGUGCUGGAGAAACAGCUGCUCAGCCAGAUGUUGGAGGCGAUCAGAGUUACUCCGUAUCUCCACGAGGACCUGCAGGUGGAAGUCAUGAAGGUCCUUCUCUGCAUCACCUACUCACCAAACUUUGACAUUAACGGAGACUCAAUCCUCCGUAUUGCUGAGUUGUGUAUCCAGACCUACGUGUCCAGCUGCCACCAGCGCAGCAUCAACACGGCCGUCAGAGCCACGCUGAGCCAGAUACUGGGAGACCUGACACUUCAGCUUCGACACAGACAAGAGGGUUCAGAUGGAGACGAGCUGACUGCUUUACCACUGCAGAGGAAAGAUAUCUCUCCCACCAGCCAGGCUCUGUGUGAAGACGUGGUGACAGUUCUGACAGUCUUCUGUGAGAAGCUGGAGUCAGUGGACAGUGAUAACCAGCUGCUGCAGCUCCUCUACCUGGAGUGCAUCCUGUCCAUGUUCAGCAGCUGUCCUCCCACAAUGCACCUGUCCAGAGGCUUCACUGACCUUGUGUGGAAGCAGCUGUGUCCAUCUCUGGUGGCGAUCAUGGGAAAUCCCGUCAAUGACAAAACCAUCACUUCCCACCACGGCCACAUGGGGGUGCUGGACCGCGAACGGCUCUCGGAUAGACUCAGUUUAGGAAUCAGCCUGGAUGUGGAUUCUGUCGGUGGAGGCGUUUCGGAUCAGGGCAGAGGGUCGGGCUGCUCCUCUAGCGCCCCCGCCAGGAUCGCCCCGGUAGUGCGGACGGUGUGCUACAUCGCGGCGGAGCUGGUGCGUCUGGUGAGCUGCGUGGAGUCGAUGAAGCCGGUGCUGCAGUCGCUCUAUCACAGGAUCCUGCUGUACCCGCCUCCUCAGCACCGCACCGAGGCCAUCCGCAUCAUGAAGGAGAUUCUCGGCAGUCCCCAGCGUCUGUACGACCUGGCUGGUCCGUGUGUGGUCGAGCCUGAAACCAGGAAACGCUCGUUCUCUAAGAGGAAGUCUCACCUGGACCUGCUCAAACUAGUGAUGGAUGGGAUGACGGAGGCCUGUAUGAAGGGAGGCAUCGAGGCGUGCUACUCCUCCGUCUCCUGUGCCUGCGCUCUCCUCGGAGCGUUGGACGAACUGUCGCACGGACGAGGAAUCCAACCUGAGCAGGCUCGUCUUCUCCUCCGUCGCCUUGACGACCUGAAAGAAGGGACGGAGUCGACCCGAGAGUCCAUGGAGAUCAACGAGGCCGACUUCAGGUGGCAGAGACACAUCCUGGCGUCGGAGCAGGCUCCCUGGGACCCCAACUCCUCCUCCUCCUCCAACGUGGCCUCCGCCGGGCCCACCGAGCGCAGCCCCGACAUCAGCAUCAGCAUCACCACGGAAACGGGACAAACCACUCUGGAUUUGGCGGCGGGGGAGCUGGGCCUGGGUCCGGGUCACACCACUCCCGAGGAGUGCGGGGAGGAAACGCGGCUCCCGUCGCCCGCCAACGUUCAGGAGGGGGGCAAACAUGAGCCGGGUCACGAGGCGGAGCAGGGAGGCAAGAGGGAGGAGAAAGGAGGGGGCAUGAAGGAGGUGAAAGGGGGAGGAGAGAAAGAAAAAGGAGGAGGAGGAGGAGGAGAGAGAGGAAGUGUUGUUCCUCCAGAUGUGGUUCAGCGUAGUCAUGCACUCGUCUACCCGGAUAUCACCAACUUCCUGUCUGUGGAGUCCAGGACCAGGACUCAUCACGGAGGAGGGUCAAGAUACAGCGAGAGCAACUUCAGCAUGGAGGAGCAGGACUUGUCCCGUACAGAGUUUGACUCAUGUGACCAGUACUCCAUGGCAGCAGAGAAAGACUCCGGUCGCUCCGACGUCUCGGACAUCGGCUCCGACAACGUGUCUCUGGCCGACGAGGAGCAGCAGACGCCUCGUGACUGCCUGGGUCACCGCUCCCUCCGCACCGCCGCCCUGUCGCUCAAACUGCUGCGGAACCAGGAAGCGGACCAGCAGAGCGCCAGGCUGUUCGUCCAAUCGCUGGCGGCGCUGCUGCCUCGGCUGCUCGGACUCGCCACCGCCAACGAGGUGGACCUGUCCCUGCAGAACUUCUCCUACACCUUCUGCUCCGGACUACAGGCUGGUGGAAUCCACUCUCCAGGUUUUGAGGCAGGUGACACACUCAGCUGCCAGUCUCUGAUGAACGCAGACGGCCUGUACCUGGUGUCGUACUACGCUCUGCUGCUCAACCUCAAACUCUGCUGCUGCGACUACUACAGGCGGCGAACGCUCUCCCCCGUCCUGAGCCUGAAGGAGUUUGUGCAUCUGAUCCAGAGCAGCGGAGUCCUCGUGGUUCUGUCUCAGGCUUGGAUCGAGGAGCUUUACCAUCAGGUGUUAGAACGUAACCUGCUGGCCGAAGCCGGGUACUGGGGCUCUCCUGAGGGCCACACACUGCCGCUUAUCACCAUGCUGACAGAUAUCGACGGUCUGGGCAGCAGCGCCAUCGGAGGUCAGCUGAUCAGGAGGGCAUCCAGCCAAUCACCACUCACCUGCGGCAAGGCCAGCAGUGACACUGUGAUGGCAGGAGCCGUGUUCUCCCGCUUCAUCCUGACCGGCGUGUGGAAGAACCUGAUCGAUGUGCUUUCCAUGCCGCUGACGGGACGCAUGGCCGGCAGCUCCAAGGGCCUGGCCUUCAUCCUGGGAGCGGAGGGGAUCAAAGAGCAGAGCCAGAGGGAGAGAGACACCAUCUGUCUGAGUUUGGACGGCUUACGGAAAGCUGCGGCGCUCAGCUGCGCCCUGGGUGUGGCUGCCAACUGUGCGUCAGCUUUGGCGCAGAUGGCUGCAGCCUCCUGCGUUCAGGAGGAGAAGGAAGAGAGGGAGGCGGCAGAGAUGGGAGACACUAUCACACAAGUGAAGCAGCGAGUUGAGCAGCGUCUGGAGCAGAUGGGUCGUCCUCAGGGAGUCCGCCUGCACACGGCUCACGUGUUGUGCAUGGACGCCAUCCUGAACGUGGGGCUGGAGAUGGGAAGCCACAACCACGACUGCUGGCCGCAUGUGUUCAGGGUAACAGAGUACAUCAGUUCUCUGGAACACACUCACUUCAGCGACGGCUCCUCUCAGUCGUCCUCUCUGACCACCAUCACCCAGCAGAGCCAGCAGCUCCCCGCCGUGGACCUGGGCCUGGAGCUGAGCUGCGAGCCCAGCCCCGAGGCCUCGGAGAUGGGCCUGAGUCAGCCCGUCAUCCAGCCUCUGUCCAUCCAGGAGCUGCUGAGGGAGUGCGGGAGAGGAGGCCGAGGUCUGGACCUGAGGAGCGGGAGUCUGAUGACGGGGACCAGCGCUGCCAAGGCCGUGUGUACGCUGUCCACACAGGCUGACAGGUUGUUUGAAGAAGCGGCCACCAAGCUUAAUCUUGUGGGUCUCGUGGGUUUCCUGCAGCAGCUCAGAAAAGCUUCUCAGUGUCAGCUGUUUGACUCCAUCACCGAGACCGGAGACUAUUCUCUAGCAAUGCCGGGGGAAGCCAAGUCGACGUCGGACCGGCGCAGCGCCCUCCAUCUGUUCCGCCUGGGUGAAGCCAUGCUGCGGAUCGUCAGGAACAAGAACCGACCGCUGCUCCACAUGAUGAGGGCCUGGAGCGUGGUGGCGCCACACCUGGUGGAGGCUGCGUGUCAUAAGGAGCGUCACGUAUCCCAGAAGGCCGUUUCCUUCAUCCACGACGUCCUGACGGAGGUGCUGACGAGCUGGGCGGAGCUUCCUCACUUCCACUUCAACGAGGCGCUGUUCAGACCCUUCGAGCACAUCAUGCAGCUGGAGCUCUGUGACGAGGACGUGCAGGACCAGGUGAUCACAUCGAUAGGCGAGCUGGUGGAGAUGUGUUCCCCUCAGAUCCUGUCGGGGUGGAGGCCUCUGUUCAGCGCUCUGAGGACCGUCCACAGCAGCAAGAGCGACACCAAGGACUACCUGCUGGGAGAGUACUCCAUGGGGAAGUCCCAGGCUCCGGUCUUUGAUGUCUUUGAAGCUUUCAUCAACACUGACAACAUCCAGGUUUUUGCCAACGCCGCCACCGACUACAUCAUGUGCCUCAUGAAGUUCGUCAAAGGCUUAGAGUUUUUUGCACCCGUGAUGGGACUCGCUCUCAAUAACUGUAACAAAGUGUGCCAGAGGGAGAUCAAAGGAUUACCAUGUUCUGACAUUUCAGCCCUUUGUGAUGUUUUCCUGCUGUGGGAAAAAAUCAUCUCACAGAUCCCGUUUCGGACCAUCGUUGUGAGCCUGCUGUCCCAUCAGGUCCUCCUCCAAAACCUCUACGACAUCCUGCUGGAGGAGUUCGUCAAGCAGCCCGAAGCUCAUGAGAAGGCCACGCCUGUGAGCUCCGACGCCGGCCGGCCGUCUGCAGGCUUCCUCCGCUACAUCUCUAUGACUAAUUUAUCCAUAAUCCUGGAUCUGCUGCUGGACUCUUACAGGACGGCUCGGGACUUUGACACUCGGCCAGGCCUGAAGUACCUGCUGAUGAAAGUGUCGGGCGUUUGCGGAGCGGCUAACCUUUACCGUCAGUCUGCCAUGAGCUUCAACCUGUACUUCCAGGCGCUGCUGUGUGCAACGCUGAGCCAGGCCGACACCAUGACGGCCCAGCAGGUGAAGAGGAUCUUGUACGAGGAAGAGGAAGGCAGCUCUGACUCCUCUCACCCCGGCUCUGCUUCCUCAGAGGAUGAAGACAUAUUUGAAGAAACAGCACAGGUCAGCCCCCCUCGCGGCCGUGAAAAGCGUCAUCAGUGGCGAGCCCCGAACCCGUCUCUCAGCGUGCAGCCUCUGGGCAGCGCCGACUGGGCCUGGCUGGUGAAGCGCCUCUACAAGCUGUGCAUGGAUCUGUGCAACAGCUACAUCCAGAUGCACCGCGACCUGGAGAGCACGCUGGAGGAGACGCAGCUGCUGAGAGCCGGAGCGGCAGGAGGAGGAGAUCACGUCUUCUUCCUGCCUCUCUUCCCGUCCGAGACUUCCACCCCGACGUCGGCCGGAGGGCUUUCGGCGAGGGGGACGCCUUCGGAGGAAUCCAGGUCUCAGACGGCGGACGUUAGCACAGCGUCGCCAGGAGACACGCCCACACCGAGCCCAGGAUACAGCUGCACUGGCAGUCUGCCUCACCACUUCCGCACGGGAGAGAGGAGAGACUCGGUCAUCACAGGAGGCUCGGUGGGAGCGAUCCCCAGCAGCUCGGGACCAGGGAGGAGAAAGGAAUGGUGGGAAAGCGCCGGGAACAAACUGUACACCAUCGCCACGGACAAAACCAUCAGCAAACUCAUGAUGGAGUACAAACGCAGGAAACAGCAGCAGCAGCCGCAGCAGCAGAGCCACGUCAACCUGUUCAUGAAGGAGCAGGGCCGGGCGGCGUCGGCAGGAGCAGGAGGAGGAGGCGGCGUCGGAGGGGAGAGGAGGGGUCCGGUGGAGCAGCAGAGACCCCCGCAGAGGCCCCAGCAGCUGGUGGACCAGCAGGGGCCGCCGUUGAGGCACUCGGUCAGCGCAGGGCCAGAAGUGUUGAGGCAGGAGAAGCGGCCGCGGUCGGGAUCCACCAUCAGCUCCCACAGCAUCUCACUGAGGGACUCUGAGGCUCAGAUACAGGCGUGGACCAACAUGGUCUUGACUCUCCUCAAUCAGGUCCUCCUCCUGUCAGAUUCGUCCUUCCUGGCGCUGCAGCCGGUGCUCUACCCGUGCCUCAGCCAGCUCUCUUGCCACGUGACCGACGCCCGGGUCCGCCAGGCGCUUCGCGAGUGGCUGGGCCGCGUCGGCAGACUCUAUGACAUCAUCGUGUGA